AAAUGGGCAUGACCGUAGCAACUCCAUUGCUUUUGUGUGCUUUCUUUAUCUUUAUCCUGCAGGUUUUUGCAGAGAAGCCAAUAUCUGAAGCUAAAGGUGAAUCCGUAAUCCUUCAGGAAUCAAUCAUCAAAGAGGUGAAUGAAAAUGCUAAAGCUGGAUGGAAAGCUGCAUUCAACCCUCGGUUCUCGAAUUUCACAGUUUCUCAAUUUAAGCGCCUGCUCGGAGUUAAGCCCCCAAGAGAGGGUGAUCUUAAGAGCAUCCCUAUUUUAACUCAUCCAAAACUUAAAAAUUUACCAAAAGAGUUCGAUGCACGAACAGCUUGGCCUCAAUGUAGCACAAUUGGAAGAAUUCUUGAUCAGGGACAUUGCGGUUCUUGUUGGGCUUUUGGCGCUGUUGAAUCACUUUCUGACCGUUUCUGUAUUCAUUAUGGCUUGAAUAUAUCUCUAUCCGUAAAUGAUGUAAUAGCAUGCUGUGGCUUUUCUUGUGGGAAUGGCUGUGAUGGUGGAUCUCCCAUAAGAGCAUGGCAUUACUUUAUCCGCAAGGGUGUGGUCUCAGAAAAGUGUGACCCUUACUUCGAUAAUAUUGGAUGUUCCCACCCUGGUUGUGAACCUACAUAUCCCACCCCACAGUGCAACAGGAAGUGUGUUAAGGAGAAUCUACUCUGGAGUAAGUCCAAGCAUUUCGGUGUGAAUGCAUACAUGAUCAGCUCCGAUCCAUACAGUAUCAUGACAGAAGUUUACAAGAAUGGACCAGUUGAGGUUGCUUUAAAUGUUUAUGAGGAUUUUGCUCACUACAAGUCAGGAGUUUACAAGCACGUAACAGGGGAGUAUAUCGGAGGCCAUGCUGUUAAGCUCAUCGGAUGGGGAACUAGUGAGGAAGGAGAGGACUAUUGGCUUCUUGUGAAUUCUUGGAACAAAGGCUGGGGUGAUGAUGGGUACUUCAAGAUCAGAAGAGGAACAAAUGAGUGUGACAUUGAAUCUAAUGUAGUUGCAGGAUUGCCUUCAGCAAGAAAUCUAAAUGUGGAACUUGAUGAUGAUUUCCUUAAUGUAUCAAUGUAAAAUGCUACUUCAUCAACAGGACGCUAAAUAAUACUACUACCAAAGUCUAUGCAAUUUAUGAAGUCCUUUGGUAGUGUGUAUAAGAAUUAUGUUGAAUAUGAUGUAUUAGUAAUGUUUACAUUAAUAAUGAUAGUAUUAGUUAUGAUUGUAUUGGUUAUGAUAAGAUUA